AACAGCUGUGUAACGGGAAGGAAUUCAACAGAGCGUCCUGUCUUCACCGGCAUGGAGAUGUAGGGAGGAAGGACAGACACAUCGCUGGUAAACAGCCACACAAAAGAAGCUACACAAACCUCCACGCACAGACAGGAACGCUUAUCUGUGGACGUUAUAACUCGAGUUGCCAGCUGGCUAAAAACAAAAACACAACCCUGCUCUGUUCGUGUACUUCUAACAGCAGGCAGCUAGAGGUGCAGAAAUCAGGAGAAAGUUUUCACAGUAUACACGUUUUUGUUAAUCUCUGUACUGCCACAUCAAGCUACUGUGAAAGUCAGAACUACAGUGUACCACUGAAAAGUUGGCAACCCAACGUAGUAGCGCAGCUAACGUGGGGUUAUUUCCGCACGCUAGUCCGCAGCCUUCAUUUCUGCCAAGGUGCUCACGGCUGCAAGGCAGGCGGAAAUUCAGCAAGAAAAAAAAAUAUAAAGGCUUCGCCCGCCCAUUCAAUAUCCAUGUGCAGCUGUUAAUAAAAACACUGGCGGAAGCUCUGCGAAGGAAAUAAACACGUGGUGGCCGCCUGAUAAGUUAGUGUAACGAACGUGGAGGCGAGUGGUUGAAUUAUCUCAAUCAGCGGGCUGGGGGUUCAGCGGGAAACACCAUCAGUAGACCUUUCAGGGCUGGUGCAUUUCGAACGCACGUUCAAAUGCAUUCAGGUAUUUUUUUGAGCCAGAAGUGGCGCUUGUGGAGGGAGACAGGAGUGAGCAGCGGCUGGCCAUGGAACGCGCGCUGACCACGCAGCAGCCCGGCCUGGGGGGCAGUCAGUUGCAGGCUGGUCGCUAGGCAACCAAGAGCAGCCGGGGGUGCGGAAAGGAGCGGUCAGCUGAAGUGCGGCUUCUCCACCCCCUGGGGCCAUGGCUGCGUUUCAAAACGUGGACCCAGCCCUUGGGGUCUACUUCAAGAAACACUUCAUACCCGAUAUCUAUGAGGCUCUCAUAGGUGGCUUAUUAGUUAUGUGUCCAGAUGAUCCACUGACAUUUUUAGAAGAAAAGUUAAAAGAAAUAAUGGAAAAGGGACUACAUAGUAUUUUAUGGAAUAUGUGUAUUGAUCCAGUCUUAAGCCUAAGGCUAAAAGUCAUUUCAGAAACAUAUUUACACACACUAUUGGGACUUGAUGAUGAUCAGUUGAUGACUACAGAGUUAUGUAAUAAGGCAUGGUACUUUUACAGCACUAACUUAAAGAGAAUUUGCUUUGAUGCCUGGAUAAAGUACUGUGCGCUGACAAGAAAUACUAGAGAGACGCUUCAAAAGAAGUUCUCUUUGGCAAGACACUUCCAUGAGCGCAAAUUAUUACAUUUAAUUAUGAUAAAGUGGAGGGAUUGGGUGCAAUUUCGCAGGAAGCAACAUGAACGUGCAGCAGCAAGGAUAGAAAAGGUCUUUCAUUGCGCUUUUCAGAAGGUUAUCCUAACAGCUUGGAAAAAACAGGCUAAUUUUAGUAAAAAGGCUAAAAGAUAUGUUGAGCACGUAGAAAAAGGAGAGGCUAGUGAAUUUGAUUUAGCUGAGGAUAACCAUGCUGAAGUGUUUGAAAGACAUCACGCUGAAGUGUUUCAUCUCUCUGAAAAAUAUCAUUCUUCAAGACGUCUGUCUGAAGCUUAUCGCUGGCCAGUAAUCAUCCUAAAAGCAGGCAAAGAUCUUCUGACCAAGUUGCCAGACAAAGCACUAGCACAGGUCUUCAGACAUUUAAAUUUAAUUGACUUGGGAAGGUGUGCUCAAGUUAGCCGUUCUUGGAAUGCAAUGACUCGCAUAAGCCUGUUAUGGAGUAAUAUUAAUUUUUCUGCAGUAAAAGAUAAGGUGAGAGACAAUGACGCAGGGAAUAUUUUGUUGAAGUGGCACACUAUAGUGGUACACUUGAAUCUUCGUGGUUGUGCUACUCUUCAGUGGUAUACAUUUAAAAAUAUUGGUCACUGUAAGAAUUUGCAAGAGUUAAAUGUCUCCGAAUGCCAAGGAUUAAAUGAUGAACUAAUGAGACUUGUAUCAGAAGGUUGCCCUGCUCUCCUUUAUUUAAAUUUAUCACAUACGGAUAUUACAAAUGGAACAUUAAGACUUCUGUCAAGGGGCUUCCCCAACUUACAAUAUUUAAGUCUAGCUUAUUGCAGAAAAUUCACAGACAAAGGUUUACAGUACCUCAGCUCUGGAAGAGGAUGUCACAAGCUCAUCUAUUUGGAUAUUUCAGGCUGCCUCCAGAUCUCAGUGGAAGGCUUCAGGAAUAUUGCUAAAAGCUGCAGUGGAGUCCAACACUUGACAAUUAAUGAAAUGCCCACUUUGACAGACAGAUGCAUUCAAGCCUUGGUUGAAAAGUGCCCACAGAUUGCAACUGUUGAAUGUAAUGAGUCUCCCCAUGUUUCUGACAUAGCUUUUAAAACACUUUCUGAAUGUAAACUUGUCAAAAUCAAGAUUGAAGGGAGUAAUCGGAUCACUGACCUAAGUUUCAAACUGAUGAGCAAAUUCUGGCCUGAUAUGAAACGUAUUUGUGUGGCUGACUGCCAGAAGAUAACAGAUACUGGUCUUAAGCUAAUUUCAGCACUGCAUGAUAUUGUUAUACUAAAUGUAUCAGAUUGCAUGAGGAUCAGUGAUACAGGAGUAAAAGCAUUUGUUGAAGGUUCUUCAGGUCCAAGCAUAAGAGAACUCAUCUUGGCUAAUUGUUCCAGUAUUACUGACAUCUCUCUUACCAAAAUAGUCCAAAGGUGCUCAAAACUGAUCUAUCUGAAUGUGCGUUAUUGCCAAGCUGUGACUGAUGCUGGGAUUGAAGCUUUGUCAUCAUUGUCUUCAUUGGCUUAUAUUAAUAUUUCAGGGACUAACAUCACAGACCAGGCUUUGGACAGCCUUGGCAAACAUGGACGAAUCAAAGAGAUUAUUAUAUCAGAGUGUAAGAAUAUUUCUGAUUCAGGAAUUAAGAAAUUCUGCAUUGAUAUGAAAAAAUUGGAGUACAUUGAUUUCUCUUACUGCCAGCAACUAUCAAAUCAUUCACUAAAACAUUUGUCAUUUGGUUGCCGCAGACUUACAUCUGUCAGUGUGGCUGGUUGUUCCAAGGUGACUGACAUAGGUAUUCAGUUUUUGUCUACAUUCUGCACUUACCUUCACUACUUGGAUAUCUCAGGCUGCAUAUCUAUUACUGACAAAGCACUAAAAUGCCUCUGGAAAGGUUGUCUGCAACUCCGAAUUCUUAAGAUGCUGUACUGCACAAAUAUUCCUAGACAAGCAGUUUUAAAAUUUUCACCAAGGCUUCAGAAGUAUGAAUACAAUGAUGAUGACCCUCCUUUGUGGUUUGGUUAUGAUAGCAGUGGUCGGUCAUUCACUCCAAAGAAACAGAAAAAAUCUCGGCUCACAGUAGGCUCUCCAGCAGAAAAAAGCUCAGAACAAAGGAGGCCCUCCAUGGUAUCUUCUCUAGGAGAAAAAAACCUGGAACUCAGAUCCCCUACACUCAAUUCUCCAGCAGGAGGAAGCUUUGUACGUAGUAUAUCCUCCAUAAUAGACCCUCCACCAGAAAAAAGUUCAGAACACAGACCUGUUACAGUAGACCCUCCAGCUGAAAACUAGAAAUGCUUGUUGAGAAACAGAAUGUUUAAAAAUGUUAAGCAUGAAGAUUGAAGGCAGAAAUUUAUUUUUUUAUUAUUAUAUUGAUAUUGGUACAUGUUCUUAGCAAAGUGAUUGUUUUAAAAUUUGAGUGUUAUAAGUAUUCCUGGCAAAUAUUGUUACCUCCUUUCCUAAUUACAAUGUAGGAAAAGUUAUACCUGGGGUCAAAAAUUCCUCUGUCAAAUUGACCUGUUUUUGUCUAUCAAAGGUAAGAACUUUUGUGCGUGUCACAAUUCUAUGUGCAAUUACCUGCAAUGUAGAUUUUAAAGUUAAUGUAUUCUUCUGAAAACUUUAGCACAAAGUUCUGUCUUGUAGUAAGUGCAGAAUUUUCCAGCACAGAUAACACAGGCAGUGCUGAUCCACCCAUGCUGCUGCAGGCUCACAGGGAAACACCAAUGGCAUGUUUUUCUGCAACAGCACAAAUACUUGUGUAUUGCACCGAUAUUCUGAAAGUGCUCAUUAUAUUGGAAACACCUUGCUGAUGAUCAAGGGAUGCUUUUCCGAGUGCAUGUGUGCUACUCAAAGUAUGCUCUUGGCCUUGCAGGCCUACUUUGUUAGGUACAAAGUGUGUCUCCAGAUAUACCACAACAUUUAUACAUGCAGUUAAAUUUGCAAAUGUCAAGUGUGUCUUCUGUUGAGGUAGUUCUGCCCCAUGAAUUGUUUCUAGACAAUUAUACAAUUUGUGUGCUCCACUUACUGCCCUGUACAGUAUACAUUCUUCAUAGAAAAUUAAAAAUAAAUAUUUGCUUAUUA